AUGUUAUCAAGAUUCGAUGAUUCCUACAUCUCAUUUAUCAUUCUCCUUUUUAUCUUCUUCGUUUUACUGUUCCUAAAAUUUGUUGAUCGCAGACGGAAGGUUUGUUCUCGAAAAUAUUUGGAGAAAAAGCAAGAUGAGGUAAACUUCCAUUUUCACCUUUCAGGUGAAAAUGGAGUUUUUCUGAAUGAAACUUCCAAAGAUAUUGAGAGCAAACCUACUGAAGAGAUCAUUCGCGAGAGCGAGAUUCUGGCUAGGAACACAACUUUCAAUAAAACAGUAGGCAAAUUAUUUUUCGACAAUGAUUCAGCAGAAACAUGAUGUAUUGAAAAUUCUGAAGCAAAGAUCGCCCAGGCUCCUGUUAUCAGCAAGGAGCCAAGGCUGAUACCUUCUCGUUGCAAGUCGUUAACAUUAGAGGAAUGAAUCCUCUCGCUAAAUACUUAUAACUGCGAGAAGAAGUCGAUUUCCAGGUUGGUGUGCCUUACCGAUAGAAGCAGUACAACCACGGAGUCAACUCCUCAUAAAAGAGUAAGGUUCAGCACCAAAGUAGUGGAGGUUGCUCCCCUUAAUUCCUAACCUAUAAUUUUAUAUGUAAGAGAACUCGUACUAUACCUAUUACCUGUUUAACUAAAACUUUGAAGGGGUAAACACAUCUAAAGAAUUCUUCCAACCAAUUUUCUGAUUAUUCUUGUUAAAAAUUUCUAUCCAUAACUUAUCUUUAUCAAGGUUUCCCCUAAAGUUUUUGAGACCAAAGAUAGCCUGGGAGGUGUACUAACUUCAUUGCUAAAAUUGGAGCAUGAAAAGACAUUUUGAACUAUUCUUCGAAUCAAAAAUUCUCAAGUUUUCUGGAACAAAUAUUGUAUGGCACCCAUUCAAUCUAGUGAAAUCGAACAUUUUUUUACAAUUUUGCAGAUAAUGCUGAGCUUGAUUAAAGUGAUCUCAUUUCAAGAGCAGAAAUUUCUGACUCAUAAACCAUUUAGUUAUAUUUUUAACCAUGGAUUGGUGACCAAGUCCCUGAUAUCUCCCUCUGAUAAGGGAAUUAUGGCUUAGUAGUGUUGAAAAUAGACAGAACUUACCAUUUUUAGCUGGUUCAAAGAUGUCUAGCUCUAAAUCUACUAUCUAAAUCGUACUACUCAUGAAAAAUG